AUGCAAACUACUAAAAACAAAUUGGUCCCAGAGGCGUCUAUGCCAACGCUUCUGGACCGCAUGAUUCGUCGAAUAACUCGGGAAGGCCAUCUUUCUGGAUUUACUGAUGAACAAGUGCUAUCGGUAUUGCGAGAUGCGAAAACGUCUUUGGAAGCGCAACCGGCGAUGCUAGAAAUCGAAGCUCCAGUGGUUAUUUUCGGUGAUAUUCAUGGACAACUGAGGGAUCUGCUGAGGUUUUUUACUAUAGUAGGCGCUCCGCCUGAGAAUAAAAUUCUAUUCUUAGGCGAUUAUGUUGAUCGAUGCAAGAAAUCUCUUGAGGUUAUCAUACUUUUACUUUGUUAUCGUAUCAAAUAUCCACACCUUAUUCAUCUUCUUCGCGGGAAUCAUGAGUGCUCAAAAAUGAACCGAUUGUAUGGGUUUUAUGAAGAACUGCGGCGGAAAAGAAGUGUAUAUAUGUGGAAAAAAUUUCAGGAGGUUUUCAAUGAAAUGCCCCUUUGCGCUGUUGUCAGCACUCGUCUUCUCUGCAUGCAUGGUGGGAUUUCUCCCGAAAUUCAUAGUUGGGAAUCACUACAAAAUUUGAAGAAGCCGAAGACUCCACGGGCAUGUGAUGAUGGAAUUGCUGUUGAUUUAAUGUGGUCAGACCCUUCAAUGGACUCAUGUACUGGUUUCCAGUUCAAUGCGAUUCGUGCCACUUCCUACGUUUUUGGUGGGGAUACAAUUAUAAAUAUUUGUAAUCUACUUGACAUUGAUAUGGUGGUAAGAGCUCACGAGGUGGUGAAGGGAGGUCACCAAUUCAUGUUUGAUCGAAAAUUAUUAACCAUCUUCUCAGCUCCGAAUUACUGUGGAACGGACGGAAAUGCUGCUUCUGUUGUGAAGGUUUCUGCUAAAAUGGAAUUAUCUUUUGUGACGUUGAAGCCUCGUUUGGAUACCACUCGUCUUAGCGAAGAAAAAAGGCUCCUUCUUGAGAAGAUGACGAUUGAAUCAGCCGCGAAGAGCCCAGAUCCAUAUGUUCGACCAUUUACUGGAUCAGAAAAUAAAAUGAAAAUUGGAAAUAACGACGACAAUUUAAUAGGACCCAUUGGCACUAGCGGAACUGAUCUUCAGGCAAAAGAUAAACUUUCCUUCAACAACGAGAAUCAACAGCCAGCUGAAGCGGCCCACUUAUCCAAUUUCCUUACUGUAGCACCAACAGCUAAGGAAAAUGCUAUCCCUUCACUUCCAAGUGAUCCACAAAAGUUUGCAAAAAGUGCCCUUACUGUUACACCAGAACAGAGACAAGUAUUCACUACGGAAAAGUCGUCGAAUGAGAAUAGGGCGUCCUCAAAUCUAGUGGGACCCACUACGGAAAAGCCGUCGAAUGAAAUAAAAGCGUCCUCAGAUAUAGUGGUACCUCUAUCAGUAGAUUCAGUGCCAGAAAGGACAGAAAAACGAUCUGCUGCGAUCGCUACAAAAUCGCAUUCGCCCAAAAAGCGUGAUACGGUCCCUACUAUUGAUUCAAAUGCUCAAGGUCCGGAGGGAAUGUCAACACAUCCCUACAAAACAAUAACAAUAACGAAAACUUCAUGGGAGAACAACUCAUCCGUUAAUGAAUCUGUUGUUCGAAAAUCACCGGCUAAAACAAAGGGAGUAGUAUCUACAACUGUGAGUUUAAAUCAAUCCGGUGGAAAACGUCUGGAGAGCGGUUCUUCUCCAUCCAGAACGCCUCCACCUAACUCACACACUGUACCAUCCAAUCAGCAAAAACCUCAUGAGUUCUCUGUUCCAACAAAUCCACCGGUCACAUCAAAACCUUCUCCGAUAUCACCACGUAUUGGUGGGAAUAAUUGCACCACUCCAGCUCCAAUUCUAUCGUCGUCGAGUUCACAGGCGAAAGAAAAGAAGUCAUCUGCAGCCCGUCAAUCAUCUACAGGUGGCCCCCGCUCACCACGUCGUGCACUAUCCUCACCUGCUCCUCUCGGAUUAAACAAUAUAGAAAGCGAUUCUAGUAGCUUGUCUACAAUUUCUGAUAAAACUAACCUAACAACCAAACCUUACUCGCCAACUAACGGAAAAUUGAAAUCAUCCACGAAGCCAAGAAGUGUAGAAGAAGCUGCGAAAGCGGCUAUAGUAGCAAGAAAAACACCACAUCAUCCUCUUCCAAAAGAUUCGAAGAAAAUCAUUCAUGACACCGAAAAAGCACUAAACAACCCUUUUCUUACAUCUCCAAGGAAAUAA